AUGGCUAUUUCGAUCCCCUCGUUUCUACUGCGACGAGCCCUCAAGACUAGGUCCUUAACCCACCUUAAAGGAGUCAAGGAAGUCUUCUUGUGCGGUAAAAUCAUUCGGCGCACUCGUGCUACAGCUGUCAUCUAUGACUCAUUUUGUGGAAUUUCUGUCUACUGCCGCGAAGAAGCACUGCGAGCCCAAAUAGACCGUAGCAUCACCGAAAGCUUCUUAGUUCGACUCCAUUGCUCUUUAGAAAGACUCCCUCGGCCUUAUCUCAAAGUUCUCAGUUUAACCAAAAUUACCUUCCAAGAAGAAAUCUAUCGCACCCUAGAGUCCAUGGCCUACUGGACCCAGAUCCUGUUACAAAAACAACCAAAGUAA